AUGGCCGCUGUACCUGUCGCUGGCGUGUACCGCAACACGCUUCUCCAGGCGGUCUACUUUGGACCUGGCACGAUCGCCACCUCUCUGGCGGCUGCGAUCGAGACGCUCAACCUCAAGAACAAGAAGGCCUUCAUUCUCACGGGCAAGAGUCUGGCCACCAAGACCAAAGUCGUCGAACGUGUCCAGGAGCUCCUCUCUGCCAAGGGAUACUACAGUGGCGAGACGUUCUUCGACAUUGGCGAGCAUGCGCCUGUGGCCGGCAUUCGCGAAGCUUUAGAGCGCAUCAAGCGAUCCAACGCAGAUGUGAUUGUCGCCAUCGGUGGUGGGUCGCCUAUCGAUGCGGCCAAGGCUGCGUCAUUCUACCGUCAUCAGGAGGAGUACGGAGAGGAAAGUGCCAGGAAUCCGAUGACGCACCCGGACCUGUUUCUUCCCACGAUUGCCGUGCCCACGACGCUGUCCGUGGCCGAGACGACGCAGAACGCGGGGUUCAAGUCGGACGAUGGCCACAAGAUCGGUGUCUCGUCCAAGAACCUCGUGCCGCGCGCCAUCAUCUACGACGCCGAACUGACGCUCGACACGCCGGAGCGCCUGUGGCUCUCCACCGGUGUGCGUGCUCUCGACCAUGCCGUGGAGUACGUGUAUCGUCCAGACACGCAUCCCUUGCUUCUUCCCAGCGUUCAGUCGGCGAUUCGUGAUAUCUUUACAUACUUGCCUUUGAGCAAGAAGGACGCCAAGAACCUGCAAGUAAGGCAGAAGCUUCAGCUGGCCUGCUUCAACUCGCUGUGGCCUGAGGCAAGGACAGGUGCUCUCGGCCUUUCGCACGGAUUGGGACACAAGCUCGGCGCCACCUACAGCAUCUCACACGGCAUUACGAGCUGCCUCACUUUGGGCGCAACGGUUCGCUUCAUCGCCAACUGGAAGGAUACGCCGCUCCUGCAUUUGCAGAACCUGGCAGACACGCUUUCCUUCAUCCCUGCGCCCUACAACCCUGCGCCUGCUCCGCUGGGGGCCCCCGUGGGUGCCAACGGCGCGGAACCGUCGCAGGACGAGAUCAAAGCGCUGCGCGAGAAGGCAACGCUGGUCGGAGACGCAGUCCAAAAGCUCGUGGACGAUCUGGGACUUCACUCGACGCUCAAAGGGUGUGGUCUGGGUCCCGAGCAGACAGAGAUCGUGGCGACCAAGGUGACGGGGGAGGACAAGAAGGGAAGCGAGUACUGGCAGGGUGUCAAGGCUGUCCUGGACAGUGUGUACGAUUCGCCGCCUCAACAGCGGCUGUGA